UUCGAGGUCCAGGUAUGACUCUAAAGCUUCGAACCCAAGCUCGACUCUUUGACCUGCACUGCUCUGUAGGUUUAACGGACUGGGACAUGGACAAAGAGUUCAAACUGGCAACGACCACUGAUCAGUUCUACCAUGAUGAUAAACUUAGCGAUCAAUAUGUUGUUCAGAGACCUUCGGCAAGAGCCUGCAGAAGAAAGGAUGAGUUCAUUUGGUAUGAUAAAACAUCAGACACCUUUGUGAAACCGAACCUGUGGCUGCUAGUCAAUCCUAACAUCGCCUGUCCUUUAAUCUACGGAGAACCUGCCAAAGAUCCGAAGCCAAUCCAAGACUUUUCAGAGCCAAUUCAAAAACCAACGACUGGGGGUUCGCCAGCCAAAAACGUGCACAUGUUAACCGACGAAGACAAAAUGUUGCAUUUUGUCUCCUCCUCCACGGAUGAAGCCGCCUCUUGCCAGGCAACACACAGCAGACCCACAGUGGGAAGAGCAAAAGCGAGGGACAAUAAGCCCUUGAAGGCGGGAGGUUGGCCUCGUCCGCCAGUAAAUUAUUGCAUCCUCAUCGCUCUGGCGCUUAAGAGCAGCCACACGGGCUGCCUCAAAGUGCAGCAGAUUUACAACUUUACCAGAGAGCACUUCCCUUUCUUUCAGACAGCUCCUGACGGAUGGAAGAACACAAUUCGACACAACCUCUGCUUCAACAGCAGCUUCUGCAAAACCUGCAAUCAGAUGUCUAAAGAUGGCAAAAGGAAGUCCUGCUUCUGGCACCUGACUCGAGAUGGGCAGCGCCGACUGAAAGAAGAGUUCAGCAUGUUGACCAAGAAAUCUCUCAAGCAGUUGGAGGGGAGCAUGUCCUGCCCAGAUAUAAUCGGACGAUUGCUCGCGAUGUGAUUUUUCAGUUGCCAAAAGGACUUGAAGAAUAAACGGAUGCAUCUCGAACUUUAAUAUAUGCAUUCCUCCCUAUGUUAUGAUAUAUUAUCAUUUGAUGACAUUUAUUUGAUUUCACAUUUGAUGGCUUUUGGAAGAAAAUGUCGGAUUUGGUUGUUUUAAAAAGCCAGCCACAGUGGCACUAUAUGGUAAAGAAAUCAUUUCAAAUAAAAUGAUGCAA